AUGGAGCUCCUGCUUCUGCUUCUGAUGCUGCUGAUCUCCCAGGCUGUCUCUGGGAAGCUUAGAAAGAAGUGCCUGCUGAACUUUGAGCACCAGGAUGGAGAAAAGCCAUGGAGUUAUUACAAGCCAGGAGACCACCUGUUUAGUUUUAUCACCACCGCAACAAAGAUACCUCAUGUGAUAUUGCCUUUCACUAUGACUCCUGAGAAACAGUCUCACCUUAGUUUAUCUACUAAUAAGUCUAGAAUCCUCCGCUUCAUUUUUGCCAUUCAAGUGGUGAACAAGACUCCAAAGCUCCUGCACAAUCUCACUCUUGCCUACAAUAUCCAUGACAACUAUUUUAACACACUUGCUACUUCAGAUGCCUUGCUGGACAUGCUCUCUACUGGAGAAGCCAACGUUCCCAACUACAGCUGUGGAAAGAAGGACAACCUUUUGGCUCUUCUUGAUGGAGCUUCCAGUGAUAUUUCCAUCCAGAUGUCGACCUUAGUAGGCCCCUACAAAGUCCCACAGCUCAGUGAUAAAAUUGUUUCAGAGGCUCUGAGUGAUAAAAGUCAAUUCCCUUUUUUCCAUCGGAUGUUCCCCAUAAUUGGGUUCCACUAUCCAGGAAUUGUCCAGCUGCUCCUCCAUUUCAGAUGGACCGUGAUUGGCCUCUUUGCUUUAGACACAGGGAAUGGAGAGCAUUUCAUGAGAACUUUUACUCCUAUGCUUGAGAGGAAUGGAAUUUGUGUUGUUAUAUCACAACGAUUCUCAACAACUGGAUAUACAGGGCCCCUCAGGGACGCAAUCUCCAUGUGGAGACAAGUCAAUGUCUUUGUUCACUUCAUAGAAUAUGCUCCCAUUUUAGACAUAAUUUCUCUUUUCCAUUCAAUGCUUGACGGCUUACCAGGACCUAUUGAAGGGAAAGUCUGGAUUAUGACCACCUUGGGGACGUAUAAAAUAAAAAAAGACAGGCCUCUCAAAUACAUCCAUAGCAUUUGGACCUUUGCUUUUCAGGAAAAGAAAAGGCCAAAUGAUUUCUUUGAAUCUUAUCUCUAUAUUAAACCCCAAUUUGAAGAACAGUCUUUUCAAUGUUUGUUUUCAAAACACAUCUUCUCUGUCAAAGGGCGGAAAAGAUGUACCCAGAAAGCAACACUGGAGACCAAAGAGGAAAAGAAUAGUAUCCAGAUCCGAUAUAACCACCAUUUUGACAAUGUCAUUAAGACGAUGGCCCAAACCUUGAAUGCUGCAUAUUCCUCCAGAUCCAGGAGAAGAAGGAAGGAGAGCAAAGACAUGUCGGGGCCCCUGAGGCUGCAGCCAUGGCAGUUUAAUAGGUCCAUCACAGGUACACCUAGGUCUUCGGCACCUGACAUUGCUGUUUUUUCAAAUCUCCUCCCCCACUCCUUCCCUCCCUACAGAUACCUGGAAAGCUGUAACAUCCCCAGCCGGGUGAAACGCAAGUGUGGCUCCUCCUCCUACACCACCUCCUCCAAUUCGGACGACGACAAGCAGAAAGUGUGCCAGCAGGUGGCUGCGCGGAGCAAAAAUGUGCCCGAGGAGAGGCUGCCGGCCACAGAGCGCCAGUCCGAGAGGGAAGAACCCGGGGUGGCGGCGUCUGCCGCCACCGCGGUGGGAGGCCCUCUCACUCCGCUGGCCUUGCCUACUAGCAAAGCCGAGAGCGUGGUGUCGGUGACCAGUCAGUGCAGCUUCAGCAGUACCAUCGUCCACGUGGGAGACAAGAAGCCCCCGGAGUCGGACAUCGUCAUGAUGGAAGAGACGGCGCCCAGCGCCACCCCUCCCGCCCCUCUGCCCGGCGUGACCCCCGACCGGGAACAACAGUACCGCCGGGUGGGCUUGACCAAGGAGGUGCUCUCCGUCCACACCCAGAAGGAAGAACAUUCCUUCUUGACUCGCUUCAAGGACCUCAGCCAGCUGCAUGUCUUCAAUUCCCCCUCCCGGCACAGCUGGCAGGAGCUGCACCACCCUCGGGCCCAGGACCAGCGAGGACUCCGCUGCCUGCGCCCGGGACUUCGCGGGCUAAACAUCCGGGGACGUAGUCGGAAGUCCAAGGCCAAACGCAUCCGGCAGAACAAAUCGUCAGACAGCACCAGCACCCCCCAGAACUCGGUGGUCUCACCACCGCAGCUGCCCUGCUCCCCCGCUGCCUCCUCUUGGGCCCCCACAGGACCUUCCCCGCCCACCCUCCCAAACAUGUCCUACCCGGCUGUUAUGCCCACCUACCCCAUCCCCGUCUUUUCCCCUCGUCCCACAGCGCCCACGGCCAAUGAGCCUUCGCACAACCCCUUGUCAGCCCCUCAGUUCCCUGCCCCCCUCGUCGCCCCCAUGGUGGCCCUCGUCCUCCCCAAUUACGUCUUCCCCCAGAUUAACAACCCCCUCCCCCAGACAUACUUUCCUGGGAGUCCCGUUUUCCCCUUUGGACCCCCGCAGCCGGGCAACGCCACGCUAGCUCCCAGGCCCGAAGCCAGCCUGCAGGUGCCUUCCCACUCUUCCACUCCCCACUCGAUGAGCCAGCCCGAGCGGGCCGAAUCCCCCCGCUUCGAGUCCCGCUGCAGCUCCCCCUUACAGCUGAACCUGCUCCAGAUGGAAGAGCUGCUCAAGCCGAGCGACCGCCAAGAUGCCGUCCUGAGCGGUCAAGCGGCGGGACCAGCCGGCACCUCUGCGGAUUGGGUUGGAGUGAUCGGCGGGCAGGGCCUGGGGAAUGAACUCGGCCCGCCACAGGAAGCCUGCAUGGUAAGCAGACCCGAGGAUAAAGGUCUCCAUUCCCUCCGAGCGGAGUCCCCUGCGGGGGGACGAGUUCAGAUUUUUGAUUAUCCCGGAGAAGACACUGCGAGCAGCAAGAGUAGCAACACCAGCAAAUACUUCGGCAGCAUCGACUCGUCCGAGAAUGAUUUACGGGCCAAGAAGCGGUCCGAGGCAGAGGACAAUGAACACUUCAUGAAGUACGUCCUCCAGGAUCCCAUCUGGUUGCUGAUGGCCAACACCGACGAUAAAGUCAUGAUGACCUAUCAGCUGCCCACCAGGGACAUGGAGACCGUCCUUCAGGAGGAUCGCGAGAAACUGAAGCAGCUGCAGAAGCAACAGCCCCGAUUCACGGAAGACCAGAAGAGGGAGCUGGCCGAGGUCCAUACCUGGCUACCGAAGGGGGUCCUGCCCAAAGCCAUUAACGUCACGGCCUGCAUCGAGUGUGAGAGUAACGCAACCUCUCGGGUCUCCCCGCUUUACGACUUGGAGAUCCAGGAUAUGGACCUAAGCGGUAUGUUGGAACCGAUGGAGGAGGGUAACGGGGCACAGGUCUCGCCGCCUUCCUUACCGCUGGAAAUUGCCAUGGAAGAGGAGGAAGCCGGCGAGAGUCGGGACCAGGCCCACCGGCCAGAAGCAGAAGCUCAGGAGACCAGCUAAGGCUUGGAGAGGACUUUCUGAUCAUCUCGGACGUCGCUCGGAUGAGGGAGCCAGGCUGCUGAGCAGCAGGACUCGGCCGCCGAGGCACGCAGCUGGCGGGCAUCUCACCCCGUGCAAGCACCCCAUGUCCGGGCCUUGUUUAAACCAGAAACCUCUGGGCUGGCGGGUUUCCAGGAAGGGGUACCCCCUCCCUCGCCUUUCGCGGACGUCUUCCUAUCCUUCGACGGGACCCGGCCACUUUAAUCCUCGCGCCGUUUAAUCCUCACGGCGUUCUGGACGCAGGGUCGUGGACUCCCGAGAGUCCCGGGUGUUUUUUGGUGGCGGGGGGGAAGCGGGCGAGGGUGACGCGCGUUUUUAAGUAUUUAUUUUACAUAUUUUUUUGACAAUUCUGUCCUUGGUGGGUUUACUGGUGUUUUUGUUUUUUUUUACUGAUCUGCCGCCGUGUUCCAGAAGGGGGACGGCGCGCAGCGCUGAAAAAUAGUAAGGAUGAUGAGGAUAAUGAUAAUAAAAGAAAAAAGGUGAAUUGCA